AUGACAAUCGAAGACCUGGAGAACCUGCAGGCAGUUCUCAACGACUCCAUUGACUCUCUAAAGAGGUACUACACGGAUAUAUCAUUAGAUUUCCCGUCCCUCGAUGGACAAUACAGCGCCGAUGCAGCCGAAAGCUUGAGGUCUGACCCGAAGGUCUCCCAAGCAAUCCUGAACAUCACUGCCGCCUCCUACCAACUACUAUGCACUGUGAGGCCGCCUAUGAUGUCCAUAUUUGACGCAGCGACCAGCUACUUGAUCACUGCAUGUCUUAGAGUAACCGAGCAGAUCAAUGCAGUAGAGCUGCUGCGCGACUUCGGCGCUCAGGGCCUUCACGUAAACGAUAUUGCACUCUACGCUGGCAUGGAGCCGACGAAGUUAGCCCGCGUGUUCCGCUUGCUCGCGACGCAUCACAUCUUUCGCGAAGUGCAGCCGAACGUCUUUGCCAAUAAUCGUAUUUCGUCCGUAUUCGACAGCGGCAAGGACGCGAGGUGGCUAUCUACCCAACCCCAAGCGGAGAAACACAAGGGGACCUAUGGCGCGGCUGCAUUUAUUGAUCACGCGGCCGACGAAUGCUGCAAGUCUGCGUGCUACCUGUAUGAGACGCUCUCAUCCCCCGAAACGAGCCAUAACUUCAAAGCCAACCAGGCAGCGUUACAAACAUGCUUCAAGACCGACAAAGUGCUCUUCGCUUGGCUCGAGGAGCCGUUCAACCAACGCCGGUUUGAGAGAUACGGAGCUGCGAUCAGAGCGAGCUCUUUUUGGAACGAUCCCAAAGCAAUCAUCAAUGGAUACGACUGGGGCUCACUGACCGCCAACGACCUGAUCGUCGAUGUUGGUGGCGGCCAUGGUAUGCCAUCCUUGAUGAUAGCAAGGGCGAAUGCGGAAGUCCGAAUCAUUAUACAGGAUCGUGAAGCUGUCACAGAGCAGGGGAAAGUAUUCUGGCGUGAGGUGUUUCCCAAGGCGUUGGACAGCGGCCGCGUUAGUUUUCAAGCCCAUGAAUUCUUCGACAAGCAGCCUCAGAGAGAUGUAUCUGUCUUUGUGCUGCGCACCGUGUUGCACGACUGGCCCGACAAAAAUUGUGUCACUAUCCUCAAACAUUUGCGAGACGCUGCGGGCACCAAAACCAAACUCCUGAUAGGCGACUGGAUUAUACCGCUCGCAUGUAGCGAGGGCGCAGAAGCGCCCCAGAUCUUGGGGGCACUGAAAGUUACCGUGCCUUCGCCUCUACUAGCGAACCACGGUAGGGCCAAUUCUAUUCCCUAUGCACUCGACAUGGCCAUGCAAGUCAUAUUAAACGGUCAAGAACGAACUCUAGCGCAUCACGCUGACCUCGCAGCACGUGGGGGCUGGCGUAUAUCCCAGGUUAAUCCUAUAGAGGGUUCUUGUUUUGGUUACAUGGUGGCGGAACCAGUGUAG